CCGUACGCUCUGUUCCACCUCGCUCGGGCGCAUGAUCAUCCAGAGGCGAGAAACCCGUAUAAAACCCGUACCUCCGACGGGCGACCUUCAGUGUCCCGAGGUCUCCCUCCUUCCCCAUCGCGCACGUUUCCGAGUCGGACAUGGGUUUCCUUUCGUACGCCCGGGUUUUUACCGCCGCCUUCGUUAUUGGGGUAUUUGCUUCGAGGGUCUCUGCUACGGCGGUCCCGGCAGAGACUUCUCUGCAGACUUCGCGUGGGGAGUUUACGUCCCAAGUCGUUCCGGAUGCCAAGCUUCGAUUUGUACGCAACUCUGGCGUGUGCGAGACCACUCCGGGUGUGGAGCAGCUCUCGGGAUACCUCGAUGUCGGAACGAACAUGUCCAUGUGGUUCUGGUUCUUUGAGGCCCGCCACAACCCCGAAACAGCGCCCUUCACUCUAUGGCUCAAUGGCGGUCCUGGAUGCUCCUCCAUGAUAGGCUUGUUCCAGGAGCAUGGCCCUUGUCAGGUGGAAGCGGAUGGGCAGACGACCGUGCUCAACCCGUUCAGUUGGAACAACAUCAGCAACAUUAUCUACAUCGACCAGCCCAUCGGCACCGGCUUCUCUUUUGGCACUGUUGACGUGAACAGCACGUUCGCGGCAGCGCCCGCCGUAUGGCAGGCGUUCCAGGUGCUUUUCGAGAGCCAGCAGUUUGCAAAGUUCCAGAGUCGCGAGUUCGUGUUCGCGACCGAGAGCUACGGCGGGCACUAUGGGCCCGAGUUCGUCACCUUCUUCGACGAGCAGAACGCAAAGAUCAAGAACCACACGCUCAAGGGCGAGCUCAUCAACGUCAGCGCGCUCAUGAUCAACAACGGGUGGUACGAUCCGCUUCUCCAGAACCAGGCGUACGUCGACUUCGCGACGGAUGCACCCGGAUACGGUCCUUUGCAGACACCGGCCGUGCUCGCGAAGCUCAACCAGUCGUACUUCGAAGUUGGAGGCUGCCGUGACCAGGAGCUGGCAUGCUAUGCCGCUGGGGAAGGGCCCGACAGCAACGACAUCUGUGGUACCGCAGAUGACUUCUGCGUCGAGAAUGUGUUCUUCGCCGCGGUCGGCGACAGGGACUCGGACGACCUCCGCCAGAACUCGUCCACACCGAACCCGUUCCCGCCCGAGUUCUACGUCAAGUUCCUCCGGAACGCGACCAUCCUGGACAAGAUUGGCGCCCAGGGCCGUUACGCCGAGUGUUCAAACCCUGUCGGAAACCAGUUCUCUAGGACGGGCGAUGAUGCACGCACGCUGCUCCCGCAGCUCGCCGCGCUCGCAAACUCGCGCCUCAAGAUGUUGAUUUGGGCCGGUGAUGCAGAUAUCAACUGCAACUGGCUUGGAGGCCACGCAUCCGUGCUCGCGAUGGACUGGUACGGCAACGAGACGCUGCACCGCACCCCGCUCACGAACAUCACCAUCCACGGCACCCCUGUCGCCGCUGUUCAGAAUGUGGACAACUUCUCUUUCGCGCGUGUUUACCAGGCAGGGCAUGAAAUUCCUGCGUUCCAGCCUGAAGCGGCGUUCGAGAUCUUCUCGCAGGUCGUGCACAUGGAACAGCUCCACUCCGUCCCCUAAUUGCCUGUCAUAAUCAGCAGCGCGUACGCCAAAUAUAUAGCAGCCUCGCC